CUGUCUCCGCCUUUCAAAGUCGAACUCGAUCGCCUAGUUUCGCUCUUGACUCCGCCGAGGAAGGACGAAUCGAUUUCGCGUCGCGUAAGUGUCGAAAUCAAGGGAAGACCUCCUGGUAAUAAUUUUCUAAAUUAUCGGGAACUGAUAAAAAUAAUAUACGCUCUUGUCGAGUUAAUUAAUUAGGUUUAUCGGAACAUUUUUUACAAGGAACCUGGGAACCGUUAUAUCGGAAUAAUCCGGCAACAUUUAUUCAUUUAUUUAAUUUUUGUAUUAAUCCCAAACUUCUGUUUCUCCAAUUACCGUUCCGGCAUUACCUCGGAGGUCUCCCUCUCGCGUAGGGACGAGAAUCCUGCGCUCGGUCGCACGACUACCGCCCUUCCGGAUAAAAUCCGGUUUUUCGGCCGCAGAUGUGCAAAUCCGCUUCCGCUCGGUUGCGGCCGCUUGCGGCUGCGGUCGAGCGAGGGUGAGGCUCGUUUUUGACGUUUGAGGUUUAACGUUUGACGCGUGACGGGAGAGGCCACGUGGUCGCGACCUGUCGAAGUCAUGUGUUCAUCCGAGCAGCUGGACCACCGCUGAAAGAGCGAGACGGAGAGACGCGGAGAGCGGAGGAGGAAGAGAGAGGCGGCGAUGGGGAUGAGUGGCAAGAGGACCAGAAGCUUUAAAUGCGCGGUGCAUCAUCGGGAUCGGGAGGUCUGCUCGGAGAACGACUUCCAUCUUCUCGUCCACGAGCCUCCCCUGUUCCGCAGGAUGGUCCGCAUGAUCGGUGACGAGUUCCUGACGGAAGAGCGCGACCGGAAGUAUUACGCGGACCACUACACCUGCUGCCCGCCACCCCUCUUCAUCAUACUCAUUACCCUGGUCGAGCUGGGCUUCUUCACGUAUUACACGGUGGCCAAGGGCGAGGUCAACCCAUCGGGACCGGUGCCCAUCGACAGUGUCUUCAUAUACCGGCCUGACAAACGCCUCGAGCUCUGGAGGUUUGCCUUCUACAUGUUCCUACACGCGGGGUGGCUCCACUUGCUGUUUAACCUGGGGGUUCAGGUGAUCGUCGGCCUCCCCCUGGAAAUGGUGCACGGGAGCCUGAGGAUCGCCGCAGUCUACAUGGCUGGUGUACUGGCUGGUUCACUAGGUACAUCGGUUUUCGACACGGACGUCUACCUCGUUGGAGCCAGCGGCGGCGUUUACGCGCUUCUGGCUGCACACCUUGCCAAUGUGCUCCUAAAUUACAACAACAUGGAGUUCGGCAUAGUCCGGCUUAUCGGGAUCUUCGUGAUCGCGAGCGCGGACGUGGGUUUCGCGGUGUACGACAGGUACGCGGCGGAGCAGAUGGGCCCGCCGGUGUCGUACGUGGCACACCUGACGGGGGCCUUGGCGGGCCUGACGAUAGGCCUGCUGGUGCUGAAGAACUUCGAGCAGCGGCUGCACGAACAGCUCCUCUGGUGGGUCGCCCUGGGGGUCUACGCGGCGUGCACGAUUUUCGCGGUCAUGUACAACCUGAUGCACCCCGACUACCCAUGACGUGAGGUCAGCUUCGCGUACGGGCCGCGAAACACGUAACGCGAAGCUGAGAGGGCCGACAGGUGUUUGGACCCACGGAGGUGUCGCGAGUCGCGACACGGGGGCCCGGUCGCCCCCCAGGGGUGGGGGGCGGCCCCAGGGCCCCGCGGAACGAGAACCAAAGAGAGAAUCCAAGGACCCCCUGGGGCUGCUGGCUGGCCCGGGGGAGGCGAAACGAGGCCCUCGACCCUGCGGGAUGGACGGAGAGGGGGAGCGGCGAUUUCGGCCUCGUUCCGUGGAAGGAAUCGGGCCCGAUCGAGAUCGCGGGGCUUUCCAAAAUGGAACCGGGGGAGGAAUCGGACCUGAUAUCGGGACUCCGGAAGAUUUCAAAAUGGGCCCUAAGGUCCGGAACGUCGCCGGCUCGACCGCUCCCCCUGAGUCGCGACGCAUCCGCAAAAGGUGGAGCCGAAGAAGAAGGUGUAUCAAGGCCCGGAGAGACCGAGAGGGGUGAGGGAAGAAAAAACAAAAUGGUGGAACACUCCUCGCUCUUCGGUUUUGUACAAAGUUCCUGACUGAAGAAGACACCGUGCCCGAAAGCACGUGGGGGCGUCUUGCGCAAGAAUUCUCAGCGUGUUUCACGCCCUCUGUCUCUCUCUCUCUCUCUCUCAUACUCUGUUUAUCUCCUUCGCUCUCUCCCUCCCUCUCGCCCUUGCCCCGUGUAACCCUCUCUUUCUCUCUCUCUCUCUUCUCCUCGCCUCAAAAUUCGAGAUCCGGAAGCCACGGAAAAGGGACGGCGGCCGAAAAGCGGAGAGGGAGAGAGAGGGGCCGGAUAAAGGGAGAGGGAAAUCUCACUCCAAGCUAAUCCUGUCUCCUAUUUUUGUAAUUCCAAGACUGGAAAAGCCGGGGCUCGAAAUGGACCGGUGGGAGCUCUUUGCGCAGAGCCGCAGCACUAACUUAAAAGACUGAUUCUUUCAAGUUUCUCUUAAUCGUCGCGAAAGCGUUUCUUCGUCCUCCUCGCCGGGCUGCGCUGCACAUAUGCGUAUGCACGGGUGCAUACAUACGCGUACGUACUCGUACACCUUGUAAACGGGAGCACAGGCGGUCCAAUUCCGGAAUUACGCGAGCCUUGCAGGCUGUUUUUUUUUUUUGGCAAAUUUCCUCCCAUUUUCUCUCUUAUUUUCAAUCCGUUUCUUCGCGACGCGACGCGUAGAGAUUUGCUGGAUAUUCCCUUUCUCGCUUAUUCUAAUUUCUUUUUCGUUGUAAUUAUUUAUUACCUAGGGAUUAUUUAUAUUUAGCGUUAGUAGAUCGUAAGACGAACCCGUAGAGAUGUAGAAUUUCGGAAAGCAUGUUGUCUAUGAAUAGACAUGUCGACUGGUAGAUGUUCCGUGUUUGCGGUUUUCGUGGAAUUUUUGUGUACACGUGAUUUCUCUUCUUUUUUUUUUUUCGUGGUGGACUUUUCCAAAAAUUGCGCUUCUAAACGAUCCAGCUCCGCGCCGUUCUUGCAAGGCGAGAAAUAGUUGGUUUAUUUUUUUACGACGGGAAAAAAAUUAUUUUCUCAGGGUCGAAAGGGCGGAACGAGGCCUUAAGGUGAUAUGAAAGUGGUGUCAAACGGGUCAAUCGAUCGUAGAAAACUUUCCCGACUGCGACUUUCGUAUUAUCUUAAAGAGUCGGCGAAAAUUCGAAGGAUUUGGGAAAACGUCGCAUUUCAUUGUGCUCCCCUUUUGGCCGUUUUUCUCGAGCCGAGGGAAAACGGAGGAAAAAGAAAAUGGCGGCGCAGCCCUCGAAGAGACGCACGCGUCUCUCUUGCGUGUUCUUAAGUUAUUUAAGCGUGUGUGUUCGUAUAUUUAUUCGAGGACGCGAUGGCGCGGCGUUCUUUCCUUUCGGGCAAAGCUCUCUCGCCGUUUCCACAAAGACACUGGAAAGGGAAGAAAACAAUGCCCGGAUUCGGCUAAAUAUACAGUCGCGGGUCAACAAAAUGGCGGCAUUUAGUCGUCCCCGGCUCUCUUUGAGCUCCUCUAAACUCCCGAAACGGUGGGAAUUUCGCGACUUAUCCUCGCAAUCCGAAAAGUACGCCCCAGUUACCCGACAAACUGAAACGAAACGAAGUUCGAAAAAUUAAUCUUAAAUAGUGAAAAAAAGACGCCUUUAAACGCAACAAAAAAAAAAAUGUAUAAAAAUAUUUUCCCCGCUGACUGUGUACUUUGUCGAAUUCGGGAUGUUUUUCCCUCCCUCUGUAUAGUGUAAUUACUCGCUCUUAAGGGAUGGACAAAAAAAGAAGAAGAUAUUUAAUAGCGAAAAAGCCGGACCUAACGUUGCGUCGAGACAUCCGACAGGAGGGAUUAUUUCCUUAAAAAAUUCCUUCUGGGGAUUCCUCGUACCUAGGAGACGUUUAAUUUCCAUCAUUUUCAAGUUCCCGGAGAGGGAGGAUUUUGUAUCCGAAUUUUGGUUGGCGAGGAAAAAAAUAGUAUAAAGCGAGAUUUUUGCAACUCCUCGGCGCGGUUUCGUCGAAGGGUGGUUUCCGUUUCUAGGGAGUGAAUUUUUUUUGCCGUCUCCCGGGUAUGGAGGGAGGAGGGCGCUUUUUGUAGCUACUUCCGGAUGCGUAGUCUGUACAGAGAGUGAUGAACGAUGCUAGUCAAUGAAAGCAACCCCGGGGUAGCUACUGCGCCUCGAAACGCAACGGCAGCCCUCGUUUUUGCAUAAAUUAUAAAUACGUACAUGUAUAUAUAAAUAUAUAUGUAUGUGCAGGUGUAUUUAGGCAAAGUGUAUAUUUGAAAGGGGUUGGAGGAAACGCGGGAGGACGAAAAUAAUUCGGGGGCCUUUUAAUCGAGACCUGGACGUGUACUGCUUCGGUAAAAAAUGACAAAUUAUCGCAGUAAUUAUUAAUAAUCAUUAACAGUCAUUAAUGACACGUUAUUUCUCAGUGAUUACCUCGAGUGGGGUUCGCUCAAUUUUUAUUUGGCAUACGGAGGCGAAUUCUUUGGGUUAUUUGAUUUGCCGAUAUCAAUCUCGCGUCUCAAAUCUAUCGAAAAGCGAGGAGUAAUUUUCGAUUAUUGACUGUAAAUGUCUCGGAAAAUAACACGUCCAGGAGUUGUUUAAAGGGCCUUGAAAAAAAAAAAAGUGCUAGCAGCUAAUUCCCGUUAACGCCCGCUCGCCGUUGCGUCGCACCCGAUCGAUCGAUUAAUCGAUCGGCUCGGAUCGAAGGGAAGGAGAAAGAAAGGAGAAAAGUGGACACCGGAAAAUCCGCGCAAAGAACGAGUUCUUCUCUGAGUCUCUCAUUUUUUCUCUCUCUCUCUCUCUUCGCCUAUCUCAAUCUCUGUUUCCGCGCGUCGCCCGAAGUGAUCGUAUUUAAUUUAAUAUUAAUAUAAAUAGCCACGGUACCGAAGUCUAUAUAUUAUUUAUGCACGCGCGUAAGGAAGGGCCGGUUAAGCCCGUAUUAUAUUAUUAUGGAUACUAUUGAGAAUAUUGAUAUUACGGUAUAACGAGAAGUCGUUGAUAAGGAGUUUGACCCUUAAGGCCUGGUGAUCUUCGGUGCACUUUUUUUUUUAGGAGGAUCUUAAGGUUCGGUCUAGAAUGCGUUGUCAAUUGUCAAAUAAAUUUGACCUUAAGACCUCGUAAUCUUGUAUAAAUCUCGAAGGCCACGCACCUUUAGGGGCAAAUGAUAACCAGCGGCGUUAUCGUCACUGAGAGUAUUAUCAUUGUCACGACCCACUGUCAUUGUCACUGUCACCGUCGCCACAGUUGAUAUUAUUACUUGUAAUGUACAAUUAUUUAUUUUCACUUCCGAUGCGGGACUCGAAAGGAAAGGGUCUAAGUCCUCGAUAUCGGAAGCUGCGAAUGAGUGUGAGGAGCACGAAAGCGUGCUCGUUAAACAGUGUUCUCUUGCACCUACUAAUUAAACAAGUAGAAAGAAAGGUAAUAUACCUGUACAUGCCCGCGACUCUGUACAUGCAAUCGCGUCUUGUAAAUGCAGCCACCAUGUGCUUUAUCGGUCGAUAAGAGACUAUCAUCGUUGCGACGAUCGUUGACGAGGCCAGCCAGCGAUUUCUGUAAAAAUGUGUAAAAAUGUAGAAGCGCCUCGGAGGGUGUCGAAAAGUGCACGCCGCAUAUCUCGCAGGAGGCAGUGAUUAUUGAUAAGGAGAAGAUAGAAAAUGGAACCGAGCGAGCAAUUGCCACGUAGUAAAUCAUAUGCGAUUAUCA